AUGCUACCAUCGAAAUGGUUGCUUGACAAGUCAAUGUGCAGUAAAUGCUUUAGCUUGGUGAUUGAUGUUGGGAUUUGCCCAGUAAAGUUGUUCAGGCAGAGAUCCAACAACACCAAUCCACUCAAACGACCGAUGCCCGAAGGCAGUGGACCACCAAAAGAAUUGUUUGAAAGAUCAAGAAAUGAAAGGUUUGAAGUCUGUACAGGAAAAACUGACAGGUCUACAGUAGUUGAAUUGUUGGUUUCAGAACUGGGAAGAGGCAGAGUUCCUGCGAAAUUGUUUCCUGAAAGAUUAAGAUAG